AUGGUACAAGUUAGAAAUGAAGAAAUAAAAGAAGAAAUAAAUGAAAGACAAGAAGAUGAACGAAUUAAAUCAGCUGUAGAAAGAUUAUCAGAUGAUGUAGAAUUAAUAGCUGAUUGUAGUCGACCUUAUAGUCUACCUACUGUAUGUGGUAAACAUAAAGAUCUCAAGUCUAUUUCACCUCAAACUGUUGAAGAUUUAUUAAAUGGAAAAUACCCAACUAUAGAUAAUAAUUAUAUGAUACUAGAUUGUAGAUAUCAAUAUGAAUAUGAUGGUGGUCAUAUCCAGGGAGCAAUUAAUACUUAUAUUAAAGAUUCUAUAGAUAAUUUAUUACAAUUACAAGAUAAACCUAAAAUUCUAAUAUUUCAUUGUGAAUUUUCUUCACAGAGAGCACCUACACUAUUACGAUAUCUUCGAUCUCAAGACCGAUUAUUGAAUAGUGAUAAUUAUCCUAGUCUAUAUUACCCAGAAGUCUAUAUUCUAGAUGGCGGAUAUAAAGCUUUUUAUGAACAAACACAGAAUCUGUGUGAACCCUGUGAUUAUAUUCAAAUGUUAGACCCAAAAUUUAGUGAAGAAUUAUCAAUUUUCCAGAGUAAAAAAUCUCGAGGUAAUAGAAGUAGAGAAGAGAAGAUGAGAAAACCUCGUGUUAUCAGAUUUUGAAUUUGUUAUUGUUUUAAAUUGUUAUCUAUUUGUUAUUGUUAUGUUUGAUGUUAUCAAUGAUAUAUUGUACAGUGUUACAGAAUAAAAACUAACCUUAAUACAAUU